ACAAGAAUUACUACAGUUCAUAUCCAAAAUGGUUUCUAACCAUCCCGUCCAUGGAGAUCGAAAUGAGCUCUGCCGCCGCCGCCGCAGCAGCAGCAGUGGAGGAGCAAACUCGUCAUCUACUCGGAGUUGGACCAGCGAUUGGUUCGACGGAGGCGGCCGCAUCGGCGACGCGCCGCCCUUCCCGUCGUGACUGCUGCGGGUGGCUGCCGCUGCACUGGUUCGCCCGCGACCGCGACCGCGCCCGCGCAGUCUGUAAGCCGAUGACCGCCGAAGAGUUCAGGAGGCAUCGGGAGAAUAGGCAGAAGGUUCUUGAGCAGGGCCAUUUCGAGCGCUUAGCCGCCAAUCGCAAGGUUGUUCUGGAAUGUCUUCGCCACUACAACUCUCAGCACCCGCACGAUGAGUAUGAACCUGCUCCUGGUGAGGUGACCACACUCGUCAGGAAGCACGACAUGGGAUUCUUGACUCAUGGCAACUUUGUGGCUCGCCGCAAGCGCUGCUCCUUUCUUCCUGCUUCAAGGACUCUCUUCUUUUUUGAGAUCAAACGCACCAGUGACUUCAAUGGAGUUGUCACAUGCGUCCCCUUAGAUGAACCAGUUACAGAAGCAUAUAGUGUCCUGGGUUUUCCUAUUUGGUGGGGUAGUCGUCGUGAUGGAAGAUCGGAUUGCAUUUGCAAGACCUGUUAUCGUCGUUUUGAUGCUGCACACAAGCCACCAGCAUGUGAGCACGACAAGGCAGAGAGGAUCUGUGAGAUAUGCCAUCAUCGCUCCCCUGUGCUGCAUCCAUUCCCUGGAGAAUUUGAAUAUGGCUAUCGCGAAUACCUUCACCGCUGUAACAAAUGAGCACUGACCUUCCAUCUUCUGCCUUAACCACAGUCCAUUGACAUCACAUUCCAACACUCACAGCUCACGUAGUCAUGUCGAUGGCACGUCGCUCCCGGAUGUGGCACUCGCAAGCAUCGGGACGCGGCCGACAUCAUCCACUGUGCUACUACACGCUACCGCGACGUGAACCCGGCACAUUGCCACAUCCCUGAACAUAAACUAUUUCACCUUUUAACUCGUGCUCAUACAACUUUGCACCAUCGAAAGCUUGAGGGGCUAUUUAGUUAGUUAAAGUUUAACAAGUAUUAUAACUUUUUUUAUUUAACAAUUAUUGUUUAA